AUGUCGAAAGCAGAUACUCCCCCGCCGUAUCGUUAUCAGGCUAUUGAAACCAAUGAAACAGUAGACCAUGGAGAAGUGAAUCCAGAUGACUUCAAGAUUGGUGUGACAGUGGAGCAGAGUGCGCCUGAGAUCCGCGCCAUGUUUGUGCGCAAAGUCUACAGUGUGCUGUUCUUCCAAGUGCUGGGCUCAUGCAUCGUUGCUAGCGGAAUGUAUGCGACGUCAGUUACAUCUUGGGUCAUGAAAAAUCCAUGGUUUAUGCUUCUCACGCUUAUUGGAUCGUUUGGAUCCUUGGGCCUCGUGUACUGGAAGCGACACAAUCACCCCACGAACCUUUACAUGCUCGGACUCUUUACAUCCGUUGAGUCUGUGGCGCUGGGCACGCUUGUAUCGUUCCUGGAUCAAACUAUUGUGCUUAAAGCCAUUAUUGUAACAGCCUUCAUAUUCUUAGGGCUGACCUUGUUCACACUACAGAGCAAGUACGACUUUUCUCACAUGGGCACAUGGCUAUAUUGGAGCUUGCUGAUUCUAGUGGGAACGGGUUUGGUCCAGAUGUUUUUCCCUUACAACCACUUGUUUGAGCUUGCGUACUCGAUUGUCGGUUGCUUCGUAUUCAGUGGAUAUGUAAUCUAUGACACUUGGCUGUUGCAACGACGGCUUUCACCGGACGACUGGGUCUUAGCAAAUGUCUCACUCUAUCUCGACAUCGUGAACCUUUUCAUUUCUGUUCUUCGUCUCAUGAAUGGAUCUUCAGACGAGUAA